AUGGUUCUGCUGGCACCCUCAGUUAGUGCGAUGAGAGCUCUACUCGGUGUUUGUGAAAAAUUCGCUGUCUCACAUGGUUUACUAUACAAUACCGAAAAGUCGCAUUUCAUGGUAUUUAAGGCUGGCAGUAAAUGUCCUAGUGUGGUACAACCUAUAAAGCUUUAUAAUGAACCGAUAGAAAGGGUCUAUAGUUUUAAAUAUCUUGGACAUAUUGUGACUGACAGCCUUAAAGACGAUGAAGACACUGAAAGAGAACGUAGGGCACUGACGGUCAGGGCGAAUAUGUUGGUGCAUAGAUUUGGUCGCUGCACUGACGCUGUCAAGAUCACGCUUUUAAAAACAUAUUGUGCGUCAUUUUAUUCUUGCAGUCUAUGGACCAACUACACCAAAAAGACUUAUAGUGCCCUACGUACUCAAUACAACAAGGCAUUCAAGGCGCUGUUGCGGCUGCCGCGCUACUGUAGCGCGUCUGCGAUGUUUGCACUGGCGGGUGCGGAUAGUGUUGAUGCAAUAAUACGAAAAAAGACCGCAUCUUUGCUAAACAGAGUGCGCGGCAGCGGCCACAGUGUACUGAGUGAGAUUGCCAACAGUGGGGACUGUCCACUGAUCAAAAAAAUGAUCUCCAGGACCAUGUCCUGCUUAAUAAUUAAAUAUUAA